GUAUUCCUUUUCUUUUGACUCGGCAUGAUGCGGAAGUUAGCUGUCAACUGCAAUCAACGAUGACUACAACGCCAUGUAAACAGCUGAACUGUAAAGCGGCUCUCUGGUAGCGCAUGGCAGAUGGCAGCAGGGGAAGCCGGAGGUGUCGGCCGUGCUCCGGCCUGUCUGUGUGUCUUCUGCGGGCUACCUGCUGCUGGGAAGUCCACGCUGGCCCGCAAGGUCCUCAGCACCUCUGCACAGUACGGAUGGAGAGCCAGUGUGGUGCCGUACGAUGACCUGAUCCCCGAGCAUGCUUUUCAGACCAAAGUGGUGGAGAACGGUGUCAAACUGCAAGAAAUGCAGACUGAAUGGAAGUUACACAGACAAGCAGUUUUGUGGUGCAUUGAGCAGUUCUUGGAGAAACCUCAGGUUUUGGCCAAGCUGCCGAGCAGCUGUCAGAUCAACAGGGCAGCAUGGGAACAAUGCAUUCGAGCUCUUCAGCAUCCUGAAGCUUUGAAUCGCUCUCAGGCUGACGGGGCACCACUUCUCUUUCUACUGGAUGACAACUUCUACUAUCCAAGCAUGAGAUAUGAAGUGUACCAACUUGCAAGAAAGUUUGUCUUUUUAGAUUCUCUGGGUUUCUGCCAGGUGUAUCUGCAGUGUGAUUUGGAGUCCUGCAUCAGCAGAAACCAGAGCAGGUCCGAACCAAUUCCCACUGAGGUGAUACUGGAAAUGGUGAAGCGUUUGGAGUCUCCAAAUCCACAGAAGAACUCAUGGGAGGCAAACAGCAUUUCACUCAACACCACAGACAAUUUGUCCAAAUGUGGCAUCCAGAGGGUGAUGGAGUUGAUCUCCUCUGCACUGAGCAACCCGCUGAGCCCGGUUGAGGACAACACUGAACAAACGGAGGCUGACCGCCUGAAAUGUGCCACUAGUGUGGUUCAUCAGGCCGACCAGGCCUGUCGACGUCUCGUCUCUGAAGCCAUGAAGACUGCCAGAGAAAACCAAGUACCACCUGAGCACAUGAGGUCUUUGGCCGCUCAGCUAAAUGAAUCCAAAGCAAAAUUUCUUCACAGCCUGCGGAGACAGUUGCUUCAGGAAGUGUCUUCCACUCAAGAAGAGGACGUUGAUGUAGAACGUGUGGUGAAAACAGCAGUGGACGUUUUUGACCGUGAGAAAAAGGAAAUCCUGUUGAGAAUCAUAAAUGAAAAUAAAUGACUUGAAUCUUU